AUGGCCGAGUUCGUGGCUGAUAACCCAAACAUCUUCGAAGAACUGGGGAGGUACUUCAAGAGGCAGGGGAAGGAAAAAGCUAAAUCCUCCAAGAGGAGACCGACGAAGUCCCCUGAAAUACCUUCCGGCGAAGACUCCGAUGAGGGGCACCUCUCUUGGAGCACUUCCAGGCGCGCCUCUUCCAAGGUGACAUCUAAAAUUGCCUCCAUUUUCCGGGCGUUUUCCCGGGGUCUUCUGGGAAAACGAGCUGAGGACCCGCCUCGGCGACCCGGAGGCUUAGCAGCCGAAUAUCUGAGGGCUCCGCCCUUCACGGACGACAUCAAUGGGGAGAUGGUCCCCCCAAAUUUCAAACUUCCCGCCCUACGUUCCUACGAUGGCCGAGAUGACCCCGAGAAUCACCUCCGUGCCUUCCUCUCCGCAUUUCGGCUCUACUGCGUCCCCGACGCCGUAAUUUGCCGAGCUUUUCCCAUUUUCCUGCAGGGGACAGCCCGAAAAUGGUUCUGGGGCUUAGAACCGAGGAGCAUCUCCUCACUAGAUGAGUUGAUAAAUCGGUUCAUCCACCGCUUUGUAUUAUUUCGUCCGAUUACGAAGACUUCGGCCUACCUCUUGAACCUGCAGCAGACUCCCGGUGAGUCAUUGCGCUCGUACGUGCAGAGGUUCAAUGAGGAGAAUGUGCAGAUACCUGAUCAGAAUGAGCAGGUAACCAUAGCUGCCUUCACCAAUGGGCUGGUCGCAGGAAUUUUCAAUACUGAGAUACAUCGUGAUUACCCCCGCACACUUCGAGAACUCUGGGAUCGAGUAGAUCAGGGAAUCCGAAGUGAAGACCUAAACCGCAUGAAGCUGGAGGCUCAAGCCACUCGUACCGGGCAAGAUUCCCGGAGGAAAAAGGAUGCCGGCCGGGCUGAACAAGGCCCCAGCGGCUCGUCGAGCCAAUUCCGAGACCGCCGAAGUGUCUUCGACCGGAUCGUAAAAGGAAGGUCGUCCACCUCGGACGCCGAGCUUACACCACUCAACUCCAGCCGGACCCAUGUCCUAGCUGUGAUGAGGCAGAAUCACCUCGGUCGAACCUCUUCUGAAAUUUCGGGGAGAAAAGAUAAGAGGAACUCAAACCUCUAUUGCGCCUACCACCGGGAUGUCGGGCACGAGACUGAGGACUGCAACGACCUGAAACGGGAGAUCGAGAACUUGAUCCGGCAGGGUUACCUAAAGCAAUUCGUCCGCAAAGACGGAGGCUUCAAUCGAAGCGUCUCCCACCGGGAGAGUCGGGGCCCCCGCCGAGAAGACAGGCGGGACACGAACAUGAAUUGCCGAGACCCCGAGGACCGUAGGGAGGACAAGCGGCCUCCACGCGACGGAUCACCGGGCUACGGCCCCAACAUCACCGGGGUGAUCAACACGAUCGCGGGAGGGCCAACGGGGGGAGACAGCCAGAACUCCCGAAAGCGGACCUACCGUCAGGCCGGGAUGGAGGUGGCCGAGCCGAGCUCCCGGUUGUCCGAGGUCAUCACCUAUGGUCCCACUGACCCAGUCCCGGUCGCCUCCAGCAAUCACGAAACUCUUGUGAUUGAAGUUCUCACCAACAACUACAUAGUCAAAAAAGUCUAUGUUGACCCCGGAAGCUCGGUAGACGUCUUUGUACUACCGAACUUUUGA